AUGAAAAGAUAUACAAAGCGUCCUGCUGCCACCUGUACUGCUAAUUAUGCUUAUGGUCUUUCUGGUUAUGGUUCUGGUUGUCGAGGCUGUGCUCUUUGUUGUCUUCAUCAUAUUCCUUUUGUUCAGAGUUUUGCUUGUUGUUGUGGUGGUAAGUAUUAUGGUGGUGCUGGUUAUAGUCAUGGUACUGGUCUUCCUCUUAAUGGUUAUCUUAUUGGUGGUGUUGACUAUCACAUUGAUAAGCUUGCUGGUGUUGAUUUUGCUGCUCGUCGUAAUCGUAAUAUUGCUGCUGGUCUUUUUGAUAAUUAUGUUGCCCCUGGUCUUGGUAUUGGCAAUAUUGUUAGUGGUGUUGCUGAUAGCAGUGAUGGUACUCUUAGUAAACGUAUAGCUCUUCAUCGUGAUCAUCAUGAUUUUGGUCGUUUGUGUGAGUGCAGUGACAACCAGCAGUAA